AUGCUGUGUUCCCAGCUGCAGGUGUUACUGGUGGCUCUAUCUGCCUCAGUGUUCCUGGCGAGGGUCAGCGCCGCUCCACACAGAGACAUGCUAGCUGAACUACUGAGGGCAGAUACAUCCAAGGGCAACGAGGAUCUCUCCCGCACCCUCCUGCUGAAGAUAAUGUCGGACCUGAUGAGCACAGCCGUGGGGGAGAACGAGGUACUACCGGACCUGGAGGAGGCACUCGGGGUGAGGGAGGACGUGGUGCGCCAGCUACCCCUCUCCCAUCGGGAACGCAAGGCUGGAUGCCGGAACUUCUUUUGGAAGACAUUCACAUCGUGUUAA